AUGCGUGCAAGUUCCAUUGAUAUUCAUCCGAAUGCAAAAUGGGAACAGAAUGGUAUCACUGUUGCUGGAGAAAAUGGCAAUGGCAGUGGAACCCAUCAACUCUAUGGUCCGUGGGGUUUGUACGUCGGUGAUGAUCAGAUGAUUUAUGUCGCUGAUUGGGGAAAUCAUCGUAUUGUGGAAUGGAAAUCUGGUGCAACGAAUGGAAAAGUAGUUGCUGGUGGAGAUGGAAAUGGAGCUCAUCAGUUAAACUGUCCAAUGGAUGUGAUUAUCGACAAAGAGAGCAAUAGUCUCAUCAUCUCCGAUGUUAGGGGUAAAAGAGUAGUUCGAUGGCCUCGUCGAAAUGGUACUCGUGGAGAAACAAUGAUUUCGAAUAUCGCUUGCUUCGGUUUGACAAUGGACGAAAAUGGCUAUCUCUAUGUCGUUGACAAUGAAGAAUAUGAAGUGAGACGAUAUAAAAUUGGUGACACUAAAGAAACAGUAGUUGCAGGUGGUAAUGGACAAGGAAAUCGUCUCGAUCAACUCUCCGAACCCCGCUACGUAUUUGUCGAUCGAGACCAUUCAGUUUAUGUGUCUGAUUAUUGGAAUCAUCGUGUAAUGAAAUGGGAAGAAGGUGCAAAACAAGGUAUUGUCGUAGCCGGUGGCCAAGGAAAAGGAAAUAGACUUACACAAUUGAGUGGUCCUCAAGGAGUCGUUGUUGAUCAAUUGGGUACUGUCUAUGUGGCUGAUUACGCUAAUCAUCGAAUCAUGCGUUGGCCAAAAGGAGCCACACGAGGAAAUGUCAUUGUUGGUGGAAACGGUAAAGGAGCACAGUCGAAUCGACUCAAUUAUCCCAUGGGUUUAUCAUUUGAUCGACAUGGCAAUCUCUAUGUCGUCGAUGCCGGAAAUGAUCGAGUACAAAAAUUUAAUAUCGAAUGA